AGCCCAAAAACUUCUGUCAUCAAUCUAUCAAUGCAUACGUAAUCAAAAGAGAAAUUCAGUUCUGGGUUUUUAAACUUUACACUCAAAAACCUUUUUCAACGUUUUAAACUGUAAGCAUUGUAUUUUAAAUGUACUAAAUUAAAGUUUAAGAAUGUAAACGUCAUAGCUAGCCCAAACGGAAUGAUAUCAAGCCUAAAAUUGAUUGUAGAUGUCAAAUGUCAAACACAAGCACGUAUCAGCAGCUGAUCUUCUGAUAUUUGAACAGUUUACUUUACUCUUUGAUGUUCAAUUUAUCUUACUAGUUAAUUUUGCUAAUUAUCGUUUUCUCAUUAAUUAGUGUUAAUUUUUAACAGUUUAAUUAUGGCAGCGAUGAUAGAUAACAUUGAUUCUAUCUUGGAAGCUCAUUUACCUGAGGAUGACCUCCGUUAUGUAAAAAGAGUAUUAUAUGGAAAAGAAUUAAAAAAACUAGAAUUUUCUGAAGAUGUUUUAGCUGAAGCCACUAGUAAAAAUCUUGAACUGAAAGGUUACGUUUUUGAUGCAUUACCUGAAGAUCUUCGACCUCCCCAUCUUGUUCGAGUUGGUCUUGUACAACAUGCGAUUGUAGAACCUACUACUGCACCAAUAUCAAAACAAAGAGAAGCCAUUCAUAAUCGUGUUCGGGAGAUUGUUGAAAUAGCAGCACAGUGUGGAGUUAAUAUUAUAUGCUUUCAAGAAGCAUGGACAAUGCCCUUUGCCUUUUGCACUAGAGAAAGAUAUCCAUGGUGUGAAUUUGCUGAAAAUGCUGAAAGUGGUCCUACGACACUCCUUUGUGCAGAGUUAGCUGCAAAACACAAUAUGGUUAUUGUUUCUAAUAUUCUGGAAAGAGAUGAAACUUAUGGAGAUACUAUAUGGAAUACUGCUGUUGUCAUUUCAAGCUCUGGAGCAUAUUUAGGAAAAUCUCGCAAGAAUCAUAUACCACGUGUUGGCGAUUUUAAUGAAUCUACUUAUUACAUGGAAAGUGACUUAGGGCAUCCUGUAUUUCAAACUCGUUUUGGAAAAAUUGCAAUCAACAUCUGUUAUGGAAGGCAUCAUCCACAAAAUUGGAUGGUUUAUGGACUUAAUGGUGCUGAAAUUGUUUUUAAUCCAUCAGCUACUAUUGGAGACUUAAGUGAACCCAUGUGGCCCAUAGAGGCAAGAUGUGCUGCUAUUGCCAAUAGCUAUUUUACUUGUGCAAUCAAUCGGGUUGGAACUGAAACUUUUCCAAAUGAAUUUACUUCUGGUGAUGGGAAACCAGCACAUAAGGAUUUUGGACAUUUUUAUGGUUCUAGUUAUGUGGCUGGCCCUGAUGGUAGUCGAACUCCGGGUUUGUCUAGAUUAAAGGAUGGAUUACUAGUUUCUGAAAUGGAUUUGAAUUUAUGCAGACAAGCAAAAGAUAAAUGGGGUUUUAAGAUGACGCAGCGACUGAAUAUUUAUGCUGAUGCUAUUUACUGGGCUUCUCAACCAGAUUUCACUCCCCAAGUUCUGCAUGAAAACUGAUUCUGUGUUUGGAUGCUUUCUGACCAAGCUAUGGAUCCUCACUUUCUUUUAUCGCCAAAUUUUGAAAAUUUCUUACUGAUACUUGUUAUACAUUAUGAAUAUUAUUGUUGUUAAAAUUAUCUGAUUGUCUUAAUAUGGUUUUGCUUUAAACUAUUUCAUAUCUUUAUGAACAGUUCUUCUUAGUUUUAGAAAAUGUUUAAAUUGAACACAAACCAUUUAAUUUAUCAUAUCAUUAUUCAAUCCAAACAAAUUUAUUUAAUGUAUUACAAUUCACUUUUGUUGCCUUAAUUAAAAAGAGGAAUUCAUAUUCUUUAUUCAAAAUAUAUAAAAAAGUUAAUUUUCUACAUUUUUUUUGUAAAUUGGUUUUUAUAUUAAAUAAUAUAUUUUUAUUUUAUUGUUUUAAUUUUAUGUUAUUAUUCUGUAUUAAGAUUUAUUAAAUGUGCAAUAUUCUGUACUGUUUGUCCUUAAAGAUUUUUUAAUUUGUAAAAAAUUAAAAAUUAUUAAUUUUAUUUCCUCUUGAUAUUUUUAAAAUAGAAGUUUAUUUUUUAAUAUUUUGUAUCUGUUUAUUAUAAAUAACGAAAUUGUAUAUUUUUAUUAUUACUCAGCAUAAAGAUUGUUUUAAGUGUGCAAUAUACUAUUCUGAUUAGAUUUUAAAUUGUAACAAAUUAUUUAUAAUUAAAUUGUAUGUUAAUUAAUUUUAGUUGUAUAGUAAUUAAUUUUAAUUAUAUAGUGAUUAAUCCAAAUUCAAGUUUAUUUUCUGAAUUAAAUCUAAAUUAACUAUUAUAUCUGUUAUGCAUUAAAAAUUAAUAUUUUAUUUGACAUUGUUAUUGUUCAUAUAGGUUUUUGAGGCAUCAAAUAUGCUUUCUCAUUUCUACUAAAUUUUUGAUGUAAUAAACGAAUAAUUAUUUCGGUGCAGUGUUUGUUUUCAAAGGCAUUAAAGUGGACUUUUUUUUGAAAAGAAUUAUAAUGCUUUUAAUUAAGAAACCUUCCAAAUUAUUUCUUCAGUGUUAUUCGGAUGAUGUUUUUGACGGUUUAGAUUUCUGUAUGAAAUUGAAAAUUUUACUUUGGAGAGAAAGCUAUAAAAAUUUGUGUUAGUUGGUUACUUAUAGUACAAAAUUGUGAUGGUUUAAUUAGAUGAUCAAGUUAUAGUGUGAUGAUUUAAUUGCUUUUUAUUAUGUGUUUUUGGAUUUUAGACAUUAGCUUAAACAAAUCAACUUACGUACAUAAUCAACGUAAAAAGUUUAGCUAUGUCUAGGAAAUAGUUAUAAAUGCAGCUAUACAAUAAGAUGUAAAAUAAACCUUUCUUAUUUUGAUUGAUUUUUCAUUACCGCAUAUAAAGUGCGAUUGACUUAUUGCAAAGGAUUUAGCUGUAAUUUUUUUAAUUGUUACAAUCUGUGCUGUCAAACGUUCAGUUUUAAAAAAUUUCCCAGCAUUUAAACUUAGAAGUUAAUCCUUUUUUCUUUGGACAGCUGUACAGGAUGCUCUGUAAUAAAGUAUAAAUUAGACUUCAGAGACUGUUUAUGAAUAUAUAUUAAUAAAUCACUACUGAAAAAACAUUAGAAAACAUUAGUCAGAGAAAACACAGUUGAGUUGAAAGGCUAUUGUUUGUAACAUUCCAAAAUUUCUUCCAGCAUUCAAACUGUUUUUUAUCUCCUUAUUUAUCAAUAAUUCAGCAAAUAUUCGUUUCAAUUUUGUUUUUACCUUGUUUAAGUAUCUAUUGGCAACCUAUAACGUUUAUCUCUUUUUGAUAUAUAUUAAGGGUAUUUGAUGUAUAUUACGGGAGGUUUGAUAUAUAUAUUAGAGGGUAAAAAUAUGCAUUAAGGGGGAUUGCUGUAGGUACACCUUCUAUAUUAAUUUUUUUUUCAAUUAUUUGAAUAUUAUAAUUCAAUUUUAUUUUAAUUAAAAUUAAUAAUGUGCUUCACAGUUCAUUUGUUUAAUUUCUGCCUGGUGUUAUUGGAUUAUAUGGUUGUGUGUAGUUGUUUGGAAAAAUGUUUUUAUAAUUUUGCUUUUGCUGAUGCAUUUCCGAAUAAUAGCCUGUAAAUUUUUAUUUUUUAAGGUAUUUUCAUGUGAAAAAUGUUUAUUUUUUUUAAAUGUUGAAAUCAUACAAAUUCUAUAUUUAUCAGUAAUUCAACAAAUAGUAUCUCUUAGCAACUUAUAAUGUUUAUCUUUUUUUUUCUUCUUAUUUUUGUUCUAUAUUAAGGGUAUUUAAUAUAUAUUAUGGGGUGUAUAUGCAUAUUAAGGGCAAGGGAUAAAAAUUUGCAUUAGGGGGAUCAUUGUGGUACACCCUUUUUAAAUUUGUUUUGCAAUCAUUUGAAAAUUAUUAUUGAAUUUUAUUUUAUUUAAAAUUAAUAAUAUGCUUCAACAUUUUAUUUGUUUAAUUUCUGCUUGGUGUUAUUGUAUUAUAUGGUUGUGCAUAGUUGUUGGAAAAAAUGCUUUUGCUGAUGCAUUUACAAAUAAUAGCCUAUAAAGAAUUAUAUUUUUUAAAGUAUUUUUAUGUGAAAAAUAUUUAUUUUUCAAUGUUGAAAUCAUACAAAUUCUAUAUUUGAAGUGUUAUAAUAAGCUGUACUGUAACAUUUUUAUUCUACAAAAAUUUCUUAUAUUCAAUUUAAAAAAAUUGAGUUUGUUCACAACAGUUACAUAAUGAAAAAAAUCCUACUGAGAGCCUUACUAUGAAAUGAGAAAAAAACUGACGUUAAAAUAUUUCAUUUUCAGCACACUUUCAAGAAGUGUGAAAAAAAUCAAUGUGUACCCUAACUUAUUACAUUUAUGAAAUAUAUCAAUUAAUAAUUUUGAUAGUCACAGAAAUUCUCUUUCUCCAAAAAAAUAAAUUGGAAAAUUAAAAUGGUUUCACCAUUUUUUUACGGGUAAAGUUUCCUGCUAGAGUUUUUUUCAUAUAGGCCUGUCUAUGAUUGUUAUACCUUUCCUCGUUGCAACUUUUUAUUAUAUAAUUUUAGCUUCAUGUUGCAGAUUUACAAAUAAUAAUUAAAAAGACUAUAUUUGUUAAUAAAAUCUCUUAAAAAUACUGCUUUUUAUUUAUUUAUUAUUUUAAAAAAAAACAUUGUUGGAACUAGAAUAAUUUAUCAGUUUCAAUACAAGCCAAAUAAAUUGUAUUGAGGCAUUUAAUUAUCAUUAAUUUAUCAUAACAUUUAAAUAAAUCUCAGUUAAUAAAAACAAUUGAGCUUAUA